GGGAGAGUCAAUAUGUUCACGUUAAUAAAUUCCUGUUUCCGAUUUAUUUUAAAAACGCUUUUUUCCUACUGAUGAAGGAGAAUAUUUCAAAUAUGCUGUUACUUCUGUGAAUAAAACGGGAUCAGUUUCAACUUAAAUAAUUGAACCUUCAUGUUAAGGCUACUCAUAUGUAGGAACCAAAAUGGCAGAUAGGAACUCGUGUCUUCUUGAGUCUACAAAUCACACAUCUUAAAUCAUUAUCAUCUAUAACCAGGGGAACGGGAACCGAAAAAACAGGCGGGAAAGAACGAAUAUUUUGCAUGUUUGGUUGUAAAUUUUAUAAUUUUGCUUUGAAAAUAAUAAAACCAUGGGAAUUUUAAAUUUGUCUAAGCUUCUGGCUGACGUCGCACCUCAGGCCAUCAAAGAGACAGAGCUAAAGAAUUAUUUUGGACGCAAAGUUGCUAUCGACGCUUCCAUGUGUCUCUACCAAUUCCUUAUUGCCGUAAGAACAGAAGGGGCCCAGCUUGCUACUGCAGAUGGUGAAACCACCUCACAUCUGCUUGGUACCUUUUACCGUACCAUCAGACUAGUGGAGAAUGGUCUUAAACCAGUGUACAUUUUCGAUGGAAAACCUCCAGUAUUGAAGUCCGGCGAGCUGACCAAAAGACAGGGGAAGAGAGAGGAAGCCCAGAAGGCUUUAGAAAAAGCUACCGAAGCUGGGGAUGCAGCAGAAAUGGAUAAGUUCAAUCGUAGGCUUGUUAAGGUCACCAAGCAGCAUGCUCAAGAAGCAAAGAAGCUGUUGUCAUUGAUGGGAAUUCCAUACAUUGACGCCCCAUGUGAAGCUGAAGCACAAUGUGCUGCUAUGGUAAUAUACAUACGGGUGAAAGCUGGUAAAGUGUUUGCCACAGCAACUGAAGAUAUGGAUGCAUUAACCUUUGGAUCUAAUGUACUCUUACGUCGCUUAACAUUUUCUGAAGCUAGGAAGAUGCCUGUUCAAGAAAUUCAUCUGGAUAAAGUACUUGAUGGACUGCAAUUAACCCAGAAAGAAUUCAUAGAUCUCUGCAUACUGAUGGGAUGUGAUUAUACAGACAGCAUUAGAGGUAUAGGCCCAAAAAGAGCCAUAGAACUUGUUCAAAAACAUAAAUCGAUUGAAGGCAUUCUCCAGGCCUUAGAUAAGGAUAAAUAUACGGCACCUGAGAACUGGGAAUAUGAAGCAGCAAGGGAAUUGUUCCUGAAUCCAGAAAUUGCUGAUCCAGAAUCGUUUGAGUUAAAAUGGGGAGAACCAGAUGAAGAAGCAAUGGUGGAAUUUCUAUGCAAGGAGAAGCAGUUCAGUGAAGACAGAGUGAGAAAUGGUUGUAAAAAACUGUUAAAAGCAAAGAGUGGCCAGGUACAAGGUAGACUAGAUGGAUUUUUCCAAGUGUUGUCCACUACCCCAGCUAAAAGAAAAGUUGAUGAAAAGAAAAAUACCCCCAACAAAAGAGGAAAAGCUGGAGGAGGUGGCGGCAAAGGCAGAGGAAGACCAAAAUAAAUCCACUUUUAUAUAUUAAGUUUUAUUUAUUCUUAUUGAUUAUCUUUUGUAUAAAGAUCAGUCAAUAGCGGUCACCACUUGUUUGCGAUGUAUUGAAGGACCCUGCAACUUACUUAUAUAAAUUGGAUGAAUUGGUUGGAUUUUUUUUGUGUUGCAUGUGUCCAUUCUCCAAUCAAAUGUUUGAAUAGGCAUAAAGCCAAGUAUUAUCCUAAAGAUGGAGGCUGUGUCCUAUAUCAAAGAGAUGAAACAGCAUUUAUUCCUACCAAUUUAACUGAGAUUUGACUUCCACAAACAAAGUACAG